CUUGGACAUCAAGCGGUCUUCCUUGUUGUUGGUAUUCUCAUUUUCCCUUUCCUUCCUUAUUUCCCACCUUUCCCUUCCCUUGAUGCCUCCUUCUGUACAUGAUGUCGAAAUGUUACCGCAUAAACGUGUAGCCACCUUGGAAGAAAAACAUGCCAAUUUGGUUAAGACCAUCCCGGAGUUUGACCGGAUUGACAUUGGUCAUCGCAUCCCAGAUUUACCCGCAGAUCUCCAAGAUAUUAAAAGCAUCCUUGUUACUGGCGGUGCCGGUUUCAUUGGAAGCUUUCUUGUCCGAAAAUUAGUCGUUCUUUAUCCUGAAUACCAUAUCUACGUUGUUGACAAGCUCGAUUAUUGCGGAUCUAUCAAUAACCUCAAAAUUCUGAAUGAUUUUCCGAAUUAUACCUUCAUCAAAGGAGAUAUAACCUCAUCCGAUUUCAUGGCGUUUAUAUUGAAAGAGAAAAAGAUCGAUGUCAUAUUUCAUUUAGCAGCACAAACACAUGUCGACAAUUCUUUUGGCGACUCAUUCGAAUUUACCAGAAAUAAUGUGAUGGGGACCCAUGUCAUGUUAGAAGCUGCCAAGGUACAUCGUGUACGACGAUUCAUUCAUGUGAGCACAGACGAAGUCUACGGCGAAGUCGUCAGUCGGCCGGAUUGUGUAGAAAAUACAAUUUUAGCGCCUUCAAAUCCGUACUCAGCAACUAAAGCCGCCGCCGAAUGUCUAGUCAAAGCGUAUCACAUGUCAUUUGGUCUACCUAUCAUGAUCACUCGUUCCAAUAACGUAUACGGACCUUACCAGUAUCCAGAAAAGAUCACUUCCAAGUUCGUCUGCAGUUUAUUACGCGGUGGUAAAUGUUAUAUCCAUGGUGACGGUCAUAAUUCUCGAAAAUAUCUGUAUGCCGCGGAUGUGGCCGAUGCAUUUGAUAUGGUGCUUCACAAGGGCCAAGUGGGAGAAACAUACAAUAUCGGAUCAGCUUUCGAGAUUUCCAAUCUGGAACUUGCUAAACGACUGAUACGAUUAUUUGGUUAUAAAGACGUCGAGAAUCAUCUCGAAUUUGUCCAAGAUCGUGCCUUUAACGAUAUGCGAUACGCUGUCGAUUGUUCGAAACUGGAAAAAUUAGGCUGGGCCCCGCGCACCCGAUUUGAUGAAGGUUUAUUAAGAACAAUUGAAUGGUAUCGUAAUCGAGCGAGCGAAUGGUGGGGCGAUAUUUCCGGAGCACUUGUCCCACAUCCCUUCAAAGCGAUACCGGCUUAUGAUGCAUCAACCGUCUGAAACUUUUAGAGUUUUUUUUUUUGUUUUUUUUUGUUUUUGGAAGCGUAAAGCUGCUUAGAUUUUUCGGAAACAUUAUAGAAAGUUACUUUGGCAAUAAAAGAGAAAAAGUCAUCUAUCAACAUCAAA